AUGCCCGACGUUGAAUUACUGAAAUUUCCCUCUAGGGAAAGUGGAGCCAAGUUACAAGACCAGGGGGAUUCUAGUGUCGUCUACCCAAGCAGACGUCGCAGUUGUGCCUUAGUGAACACACCAGCACCAUGUGUCAAUAAAGCAUUAUGUCACAUUCAAGAGCUGAAACGGAAACUUGACAGCUGGGGUCAGCAGAUCAGUCCAGGAAGGAGUGCGUCAGCCUCUCUGUGGAGGGAAAUGGCUCGUGUGCUUGUUGAAGUUUUAUAUCUCACUGAACGUCUGGAGACUGACCGGCGAGAGACCGAGGAAACACUUUGCGAAGAGAAAAAGAAAGCAAGAAAACUAAGGCAAAAAAUAGAUUCUCUAUCCCUCUGGAAGCAACAGGUGUUUCCAGUAACGGUUCAGAAUGAACAUGAAGCAUGUAGCAGAGACAUCUGUGAACUGAAGUGGCAUCUGAAAAAGAGAAAAGAUCAGCUACAGCAGGUGAAAGACAGACUGAUCCAAACAGAGGUGUUGAACCAGCGAUUAAAUGAGGAUAUUGAUUUUGUAAAGAGAGAAGGCUGUCUGGUGAAAGGGAAGCUCCAACUGGAGAGUGAAAUCAUGGAGCAGAUCCAGAGCUCUCAGGAUGAGGCCAAUGAGACUCUUACAAAGACGUUGUCAAAGCUUAAGAGUUUGCAGCAGGAACUGAAGAAAGAGGAGCUCAGUGCAAGCAAGAGGACUGAAAAGAUGAAUAUGGAGCUCAAAGGAAUUGGCCUGCAGCUGAAGAAGCAGUUGAAUGAAUUACAACAGUCACAGUCAAAUGGUGAGGCCUACUUUAGCAAAGUCAAUGAAACCAAAGAGCAGAUUACCAUAAAGGAGAACAUGUCCAAAUCCAUGUUUCAAGAAAUUGUGCUGGCUGAGAGCAAAGAAGCUGAAGUAACUGACAGUAUUGAUGGACUGAAACCAAAAAUUGUGGAUAAAGGAAGAGAGGUGAAAAACAAAAACGAGGAUUUUGCAGAUCUUCAAAAACGAGUCCGAGCGACAAGAUGUGUAGGUGAAGAGAGAGUAUUUCGGUUUGAGGAGUUGUUCCGUCAGAAACGGAAGGAGUCUGUAGCUCUACAUGAUCAAAACAAAGAGCAUGAGCUAGAGACAGAGGACCUGAAAAAGAAAAUUCAGCAAAGUGUGAAAAAAGUAGAAGAUCUGCAGAAGGAGCGUAAGCAGAUGCUGCUGAAGCUCAGUCAGAAUGAGAGGCAGAGAGAUGGGGCCAGGGCAGAACUGACUCAGGUGUCUGGGCUCCACAGUCACACCAAAGGCAGGUUGGAGGACCUUGAACAGCAGACCUUCAUGGAAGAGCAGAGGAUGAGGAGAGUGAAGGAAAACCUUAAGAAAGAGAUAAUGGCAGAGAUGAAAGCAGUGGCUAUUCUGAAGGGUAAAAUAGAUAUAAUGACAACAGAUUUCAAUCGUCAAAAAGCAAUCGUUGAGGAGGCAGAAAGCAAACUGCAAAAAGAGUUUGAAGGGGCUUCCUCUGUAACAGCCCAGAUGGAAACAGAAAUUGCAAAACUACAACAGAUAUACACUGAAAAAUCAGAGAAAAUUGAAAAUUUGAAGGCCAAACUAAAUGACAUUCUGUCUGCACACAAAGCUAUAUCUGCUGAACUGGAAAGGAAGAAGAACUCUUCUACUGAGCAUCUAAAUGCAAUGAAGGAAUCACACAACAUUGUCUCAACAAGACUCCAGAACACUCUGAGCAACAUUGAAGAACUCAGAGUGAAAUACACAGUGUGCAGACAAGAAUCAGAUGAAAUGGAAAAAAUGGGAACGACAAUGCCAGACAUUAUUGAUGGACUACAGAGUGUGUCAGAUGCUGUUGAGUUCGAACAUAAAACUGCGUCCGUGAUCAUAAACAGCCUAAUGAAUGACAUCUCACACUGCAAGAGCAGGACAGCACAGUGUGAGGAGACACAUAUCACACUGUUAUCUCAACGACAGGAUGCCCUACAAGAGAUAAAGACUAUUCUCCAGACAACCUUACAGGAGAAUGUGGCAUUAGCUCGGGAGUACAGUGAGCUUCAGAGGAGUCUGAUGGUGGCUAAGCGAGAGGCUGUGUGUGUGUUCGAACAGAGAAACAGAGCAAACGCCUCUUUACAUGAUCACAAAGAGCUUUCUUUGUUGCAGAAGAGGAUGCACAAAGCCAUGGUGAAAUACUUCAGACGCCGCAGCGCCUGCUGUCAGGCGGAGCUGGCCCAGGUCCAGGCCCUCUCUAACGAGAACAGCCACAAAAUGAGGGCCCUCCAGGAGGAGUUGUCAGAAACCAUUCGGCGCAUCUCUGCGUUCCUGUGGCCCCUGACAGAUGACUCAACCUCCGCAAGCCAGGCGGCUGCAAACAAACAGUCUGGUGGGAAUGCCGGCACUUGGGGCAGGAGGACGGCCGUAGACCAGACAGCAGAGUAA